AUGCGUAGAGUUCGAGCUUCAGGUGCCAUUAGUUUAAAUCCUGGUUCCUUGAAGUUAUUUGCUUGGACAAAAGAUUUCAACCCAUCUCUGCAAAGUAAUACUUCGGCGCAGGUUUGGGUUCGGUUCUUCGGGCUUUCUCAAGAAUAUUGGAGGCCAAGAAUUCUCUUUGCAAUUGCUAGUUGUGUUGGCACGCCUAUAUGCAUUGAUGCUGCGUCGUCCAAAUCUAGAAUUGACCGCACCUUCGGGCAAUACGUCCGGGUUCUCAUUGAUAUGGAUUUAACUAAGCCUCUGAAUUACAAUGUGUUGGUUGAAAGAACAGGAUUUGCUUUUUUCGCGGAUAUUGAAUAUGAAAACAUUCCUCAACUCUGUGACCAUUGCAGGAAGUUAGGACAUACCAGACAAGAAUGCAAGUUACUCCAGAAGCAAUCUGCUCCGCCUACUCUAAAAACCAAAACCACAUACAUUCAGAAACCAAUAGCGAAGCCUACAGAGACCGUGGCAGAUACAAACAUUAACUCUGAAAAGGAGGCUCAACCGACUUCAUCUGAUCCCAUUAUUAUACCCAAUCCUUUAAACUUCAUAUCUCAUCCACCGGAGGAUUCAGGGUCACAACCUUCUGUUUUUGUAGACUCAACUCAAGUCAAUGAGGUUCAUAUGGAUAAUUUCCUUCAAAACUCAUGGGCAGAUCAAGCUGAUUUGGAGGAGGAACCGUUAGAUAAGGAUGAGACUUUUACCAACGCGGUCUCUAUUCUUAAAAAGAAGCAGGCAGCCAGAAACAAAGCAAAACAGUCCAAAAGGUCUCAAGCAGGACCGGCUUUGACGUUCUCAUGA